CUAACCACGGUAAGCUAAAACUACAGCUAACCUUUAUUAUCAUUGUGUGAUCUGUCUAUGGUACACUGUAGUACUACCAAAAACAGCUUCAGAUGUGCGUGGGUUUUGAUUAAUAACGUAGUUCUUCUUUCGAUGCUGAGGUGCACUUAUCAAAAAAAAAAUACAUACCUACAGUACGUUUAAACAAGAAGCAUAACUUAUCUUGCAUUAUACGAGAUAUUUUUGUUAUUCUUUCUAUCUCUUUCUGGCUCGUGUAUUAUUGUGAUUGUGUUUUAUCGCGUGUUUUGCCAACUUUUUCUCAAACUCGAAUAUUUUGCUAGAACGAACUAGUUCACUAGUAUAUGAUUUUACUGUGGCAAUUUUGAAACUUUGAAUUCUUUUUUUGUACGAAUUUGAUUCGUAUUUGUGAACAAUUUUUUUUUUUGAACUUGCUGUGUGAUCGAUUUGAUUUUCGAACCGGUUGACUUCGAAGAAGCCAUGAAGCAGAUAACUUUACCUUGUGGAGAUUGCUACAAUCCUGGUUAUUUACCCAAUGUAAAAAUGGAAUACGCCGGCAGCGAGUACUCGAUCGAUUUAUCGAUGAAUAAAUCCUACGACAACGGCUCGCCUCCGCCCUCGAAAUGCUCCCCAGACCGCUACACGCCACCUUACGAUAUCAAAGACGAAGAAUCCGGCCACCAUUUAGAAAAAAUGAAGGACUUCAUCGUCUCGAAGAUCCCCUGUUCUUCAGACACCACUGCUCCCGGACUUACCUCAUCAUCGUACCCAGCUCCAAAGCUCGGUCUCGCCUCAGUCAUGCCUCUGACCCCACCUCACCAUCAUUUCACCCACUUCCCGUCGGUUUUCUCGAUGCCAGCGGCCAAUAGAGGAUGCAUUUAUAACACUUCGUAUUUCAUGAACUUGAACGUACUCGGAUGCGACAUGGGCCCUAAGUUCUUCCCAAGGGCUACUCAAUUGCCCAAUGUUUCGUCGACUGUCCCGUCUCCUUCGCCUCCUCCCGCAGCUCCGGGCAGAAGAAGCGCCAGACCUAAGAAGCAGUUCAUUUGCCAGUACUGCCAACGUCAGUUCACCAAGAGCUACAAUUUGCUCAUUCACGAGAGGACGCAUACCGACGAAAGGCCUUACUCGUGUGACAUUUGCGGCAAAGCUUUCAGAAGACAGGACCACCUCAGAGAUCACAGAUACAUCCAUUCGAAAGAUAAACCUUUCAAGUGUAAUAUCUGCGGUAAAGGGUUUUGUCAAGCGAGGACUUUAGCUGUGCACAAAAUCAUCCACAACGAAGAACCACCCCACAAAUGUAACAUUUGCAAUAAACCGUUUAACCAGAGAUCGAAUCUGAAUGCUCAUUUGCUGAUACAUCGAACGCCCAUUAAACAAAAGACCGGAUUUACUAUCGCCGAAAUAUUAAGGAAAUAUUAAUUUAUUUUUACAUCCUCCUUCUCCUCUUCUUCCUCAUCAUGUCACGUAAUUUAUUACCACGCUGUUUCUUUUUGCACCAAUCGAUGUACCUACCUUAUAUGCUUUAUCCUGUUCCUCUUUCCUCGUCCUUUUUCUUUAUUCCUUGUUUGUUUUCCUCGUGUAUAUCACACGCUUAUAUGAUCUCAUUGAAUAUUUCCUAAUUUGAAUAGGAAAUCAUGCUGAUCUAUUCGAUAUGGUUUUCUUAUAUUAUACUAUCUACUUUAUUUGUUACGUUGUUUUUUGUUUUUCGUUUUUCUUUCUUUAUAGUUUUAUCUUUAUUAAUUAAUAAGUAUGGGAUUUAUUUUUUUUUUGUUUAGGUUUAAACUCGAAGUUACCUCUUUUAUUAUUAUUUUAGGAUUUGUAUAUUUUAUAAGGUUUGAUAAAUUAGGUUUGUUUUUUCCAUUCUUUCGCCAUCGUAAUGCUAUAUUUUUUUUCAUCGGAAUACGAUACCUAUAGGUUAACGAGUUAUUUAGUUCCUUAUUGUCCAAAAUUUACUUUAAUAUCAUUAUUUUUGAGAUUUUUCAUUUGGUUCCUAUGCAUCGUAGUUUUAUGUUUUUAUUUGGUAAAAUAAAAUUAUUACGUUAUAAAUGCAAAAAGAUGUUCUAAUAGUUGUAUCGAUUGAAGUACAUACUUAUCCGACUAAUACUCUAUAAUUAUUAAUUUUCGUUUUCAAGCCCACCUUUAUUAGUACCUUUUCACCGCUUUCGUGAAGUCUCUAGUCCUUUACACUCCACCUCCAAAUACGUAAUUAAAUUUCUACAACUACCUGAUUCCCCUUAUUUCUUUUCCUUCCUUUAGGGUCGAUUGUUUUAAACGUUGUUUUCGAUCAUUUGCUGCUGUUUUCUUUUUUUUAAAAAAGGUACUUAAUUAUUUUCAUCGUCUCUAGAUUGUACAUAAGAAAUUUUAAUUUUUCGUUUUACGUAAAUGAGUCCUACUGGUUUUUAAAACACGAUCACGCGUAUAGUUUCCUAUUAUAGGUAUACUUAAAUAGCCUAUAGCCGAGUUUCCUUUUAUUAUUUAUCUAUCUCUUAUCUUAUAUAUAUGCUAUAAUAUGCAUCGCAUAUAUGUACCUAUAGCUAGAGUUAUUCAUUAUUAUACCUACCUAGAAUUAUUAUUUGAAAGUUAAUUCGAAAUUCAUCUCCAAAGAUUGCGAUGACUGAUUGUAUAAUGUUAAAUGUUUCUAUAUUUUCCUUUUUAUUUUGGUAUCGUUUGUAUAACGAACAUGUAAAUGUAAGUACGUACAUAAAUGCGUUAAAAAAUAAGAUGAAAAAAUUGUUUUUUUCUUUCUUUCCUCUUUUUUUUCGAAUGAAAUAAAUGAUCUUUAUUUUUCUUUUAUAAA